AAACACCCCACUAACGAUGUGUGAAAACGAGGAUCCGCCUCUGAAGAAACCUCAAGCGCCACUUGAUGAGUUAAUUUAACAUACAAACUGACUCAAACCGCCCCUUUUUCUGGUCGAACCUUUUGAGUGGGGGAAAGAUCAGACGCCGACUGACUUAAGCCCAGAUUCAAAAUACCGCAAUUUACUCAGUCUCGUCUGAGAAACAACGCUUAUUAGAUUAGCUAAUUUGCAUAAAUAAGAAUUAGGUAGUAGCAAUUUAAAUCCUCACAAAUCAUGUGUUGGUAGUGUUCAUCAUUGAUUUAAGCGGACAGUUCGUUUCGAAAAAUAUUUUCCAAGUCAACCGAGUGUGUAAAAGCAAUUAUUCACAGUAUCAAAAAUAUUUUGGACGAUGUUCAGUUACGAAGGAACCUACACCGAUCUGUCCCCAAUGGAAUAUCCUAUCAGGCCAAAUUAUUCAGAGAAUAACAGACAAUUUUCAGUGUGCAGUUUGUUGCGAUUAGAGGAUAAGAGAAAAUCGUCUGAGAUGGACUCCAACGAAGUUUCAGAUUCUUCCGAUUCUCUUCUACAUGAGGACAAAAAAAAACCUAGGAGAAAUAGGACAACUUUUACAACUGCUCAGCUAACUGCUUUGGAAAAAGUAUUUGAGAAAACUCAUUAUCCGGAUGCGUUUGUGAGAGAAGAUUUAGCAAAUAAAGUUAGUCUGACAGAAGCCAGAGUACAGGUAUGGUUCCAAAAUAGAAGAGCCAAGUUUCGACGCAACGAAAGAAGUUUAUCUUCGCAACAAAAUUCAAUACCAAAAACCCCCAAAGUGCAGUCAACUCCUUUCCGUCUAGAAGAAACAGACAAAAACCUCUUCAGGCCAUCGACAAUCUCUCCACAUGUUAACAACAGCGAAAUACAGUAUGUCCUUCCAUGGAAAUGCUCCCAAUACCAACCAGACUUCUAUACAACCAGCUUUACUAAUUCUCUCAACAGCCAAACUUGUAGUUUCGUGCAAACGCCAACCUUCAAAUAUUGCUCUACUGAUUUGCAGGCAAAUCGUUUGUACAAUAGGUUCGAAAUGAAUGGACUCAGAUACAGACAUCCUGAUUUUGGAUUAUAGCAAAUAACUGCUAUUAAUAUUAAAUUACAUAACUUAUAAAUAAGAGUAUACAUAUACAUACAUAAAUUAUUGUAUUCGUAUUAUUAUCAAGUUAAAGUUGAAUAAAUUGAUCAAAUUAC